UUGGUGUUGUCUAUCCUGCCUAUGCUUCAGUUGUUGCUUUGCGUUCGGCUGGGAAAGGACGACACGCAGUGGCUCGUGUAUUGGACUACCUAUGGAACCUUCUCUCUUGUGGAUCAAUUCGCCGACCGCAUCACUCCCUACUUUCCGCUGUAUUGGCCGCUCAAAGCGCUCUUCCUUCUCUACUUGUAUUUGCCUCAGACUUAUGGAGCGCAGAAUAUGUACGUCAAGUACCUCGACCCGGCGUUCGAUAAGUUGGCGAAACGUGUGGCUGCAAUGUAG